AUGCCUAGUCAAACCUCUCCUAUCUCCAGUUUCCAUGUCGGGCAAGAAGCAGAGGCUGUGAAGGGGAUGCGGUCAGAUGUGUCAAAUGUUGUCCAUGCGGAUGAAUUUGAAUAUAAAGACCCUGUUGACAGAUGCAUGAUUGACACUGUAUUUCUUAGGUUUUCCGCUUGUCUGGAACUGGCUCUGAGGGUGCAACAAUUCGUCUUUACAUUGAGCAAUAUGAGAAGGAUUUCAUCAAAAAUUGGGAGAGAUUCUCAGGAAGCACUUGCUCCACUUGUGGAGGUUGCUCUAAAGCUGUCCAAGAUGGAGGGAUUCACCGGCCGAUCUGCCCCAACUGUUAUUACAUAG